AUGGAGAGACACCUCCAACCAACAAUGGAAGCUCUAUCGCCGCGGUCAACAAACCAGAUGAUAAAACCGAAAGCAUCUAUGGAGCGAAAAGUCCUAGAUAAGAAUGCAGCUGCGGCCCAGAAAGCUUCAUCAGCAAAGAACCAUGCGCCGCCCCCACCAGCGCUAGUCGUGGAGCCCGGAGACGACGGGGAGCAAUACUCAACCGGUGCUUUCCUCGGCAAGGGGGGGUUUGCUAUUUGCUAUGAAGGGACUCUGUUGCGCAACGGUCGUGUCUUUGCAAUGAAAGUCGUAAAGUCUGACAUGGGCCAGAAAAAGAUGCAAGAGAAGUUUCGAACAGAGCUGCAGAUACACUCAAAAAUGCGUCACCCUCACAUAGUCGGCUUUCACCGGGCAUUCGUUUACGACCAGUGCAUAUACGUGAUAUUAGAGUUAUGUCCCAAUGGAUCAGUGAUGGACAUGGUGCGAAAAAGGAAAUGCUUGAGUUUGCCGGAAGUUCGACGAUUCAUGGUCCAACUCUGCGGUGCCGUAAAAUACCUCCACAAGCGGAAUGUUGCGCAUCGUGACUUGAAGAUGGGCAACUUGUUCUUGGACCGCAACAUGGACAUCAAGGUCGGAGAUUUUGGAUUGGCAGCCAUGAUUAUGUCGGAAAAGGACGAGAAGCGGAGGAAGACGUUAUGCGGAACACCCAACUACAUUGCGCCAGAAGUUCUCGACAGAAGCAAGGGAGGCCAUACUCAGAAAGUGGAUAUUUGGUCCCUGGGAGUGAUCUGUUUUGCAAUGCUUACGGGAUAUCCACCAUUCCAGUCAAAGACCCAAGAAGAAAUAUAUAAGAAAGUGCGAAAUCUUACAUACGUCUGGCCAAAAGACUCGGAGUGCGCGAACCACAUCCCUGACGAAGCUAAGUCAUUGGUUAGCUGUUGCCUCAACCUCGAUGAACAGAAACGUCCGGAGCCGGACGAUAUUGUUGAGCAUGCAUUCUUCAACAUGUACAAUGGAUGUAUACCUAAACGGCUAGAUCCAAAGUGCAGCGUCCAAAAACCAACUUGGCUCAGAGGGGCCGAGCCGCAAGGCGAUGCCAUGGCUUUUGGCCAUGGCCUAGAUUUUGACGAGAAAUUCUCGAGUUACAUCAGAGAUGUAGAUGAUCCUAUCUUACGCUAUCGGACCUGCAAAGCAGCAUUCUACAGCUCUUGUGGUGUAGGGAGGAAACCAGAUGGAACUGCGCGAAAAUCUGUUGGACACAAUGCCUCAAAAUCAGGAUUUGCCGAGUGUCUUGCGGAGGAAGAGAAGGGCCUCCAGCCAUUGAUGCCCCUUCCCGAAGACAUGGUCUACAAGUACCCUCAUGAUCUGAUCGGCGAUUGGAGCGUCCCUGAAUCGCUGCCCCUGAGAAGACAAGACGCUUUAGCGGAUACCAGCGUUCUUUCUAGCAGAAGCAGUAGCACAUCAUUGCGAACAAAUACGGUAUCUCAAUCGAGAACGCAGGCUGCUCUUGCCGCGGCUCAACAGCGGCGGAAUGGUUCGCAGAGCCACGCGGCAUCCUUACGACAGCAAGCGUUAACAGGCAGAGGUACCAUAAGAAAAAUACCCUCACUGUGCGACCCACCACAACCGACUAUGAAAGCCAUGCCUGAUGUGCGAGACGCUGGGCUUAACCCGGACCCCGUACCGCCUGUGCCUACUGGAGGGUUAGCUGAGCGUCCAAUUCGAACUCGACGAGGCAUAGCGGCAUCAUAUUCGGGCACAACCUCAGUCCGGGGUAUGGAUACUAAUGCUGUACCUUCAGUGUCCCAAGCAAGCAAUGAUCUGGGAAUGUUGACGGUGGGAAAGACGCGAUCUCAAUCACGUAAAUUGGAAGCUGCGAAUCAAGUAGCUGUCGAACCCCUUCGCGUGCUAAAGGAUCGGUCUACAUCUACAGGCCCAGAAAACUUGGCCGCGGUCUCGCGACAGAAGUCUGCACGAACAGUUCACAAGGAUUUGGGAGGCGUCGCAGCUAGGAAGCCUGAUUCUGAAGCGGCGCGGAGGGAGGAGCCUGUCACACGCCAACGAACGGAAGCCCAGCCUCAACCCAUGAGUAGCUCUGGAAGCAAAGCUUCGCUGUCAUCCACCAACAAGCCAAGGUCGAGUCUCGGGCUGCACGCCCUGCUUCACUCAGAUGAUCCUUGUGAAUUACUACCGGGAUCAUCGAUUGAUGAUGUUAAAAUAGACCUACGGAACAUGCUCUCUAACUUGGUUCCUGGUUCGGCGGCCCGACGAAGAGUCGUAUCGCAACGGCCGCCGCAUGCGUAUGUCAUCAAGUGGGUGGACUAUACGAACCGGUACGGGAUCGGCUAUGUGCUGGACGAUGGUAGUGUUGGCUGUGUGUUCAAAGCCGAGAAUGGCCAGCCGGCGAGCGGCGUAGUUCUUCGAGAUGGGGAAAAGCACAUUCGUCGCAAGGCUCGCAGCCAAGAGAACUCCGAUUCCCAGUCAUGGUCAUAUUCUGAAGCUGAUCAACUUGUGCCUCGUCACGGAAAACCAGUGGAGUUUUACGAGAACUGUAGCGACGAUCUCCUCGAAUGCCGUGGCGGUAUCUGUAGGGCGUUGAUACCACCGUCUUUGUUCGAGGUAAAAGACUCUUCCGGGGGUGUCAAGGUUCGAAUGGAUUCUGGGAUUAGCCGCGCACGCGCAGACGCCGAAAAAAUCAAGCGCGUCAAGCUCGUUGACCAGUUUGGAAAGUACAUGAUCGGAUCCCUUGGUCGACAUGGCGACGAGACGUUGCUCGACGACGCGGCAACCGACGGAGCCCCUGGACAAUUUAUUAAAUUCUACCAGAGACUAGGCAAUGUGGGUGUCUGGGGGUUCGGAGAUGGGGCUUUCCAGUUUAACUUCCCAGAUCACACAAAGCUGGUCCUGGCACCUGGUCGUACGAGGAACUCAUCACCGUGGAUGGACUUCUACCAUCUCUCACCUACUGCAGCGCGUUACCUCGCAGCGAAAGGCAAGAUGCACCCGUCUGGAUUCGACACCCGAGCGGUGGUAUCAGACGAAAUAGCCACGUUCCUCAGCAUUGCUUACGGUACAAGCACUAGCGCCAUGGACGAUAAAAUCAGGGAGGUUUUGGAUGCGAAUUCGUUCCUCCAGAAGAUCGCCUUCAUCAAAGAUGUUCUCAAAAGCUGGAUCCGUCAAGGACGAUUGGGAGGGCGGCCUUCGUCAGACAAACCGGGUACUGAGAUGUUCUGGGAGGGUUCGCAGGAGCGACCUCAAGCAAGCGGCGGUGGCAGUAGCAAAUUUGUAUGGGUGACAGUGGGCGCGCCUGGAGGCGAUGGGGAGUAUCGCUCGGUGUCGCUUAGAGACAAGAAAGGUAACAGUGUUGGAGAGAACGACGAGAUGGAGGCGCUCAGGGAACGACUGCGAUUAGCGGGCUUAUAA